CCGAAGCGCGGUCCGGCCGAGUUCAAAAUACUGCAAAUCGCCGUCACCGCCAUGUUGGCAUUGUGGAGAACCGACACGAGUAAAGUCACAAUAAUUUGCGUUGCAGUACAAAACCAACGAGGGCGACGGGCGUAACAGAAGACGCCGGAGAGGACGUGAAUGAGACGCCGCGAACAGGAAGAUGGACAUUGUUGAGCUCGAGGUCUCUACUGCCCUGCCAGCACUUUCGGAUCAGGAAGUCUCCACAGUUCUUGCAAAAUUAAAAGAAAUCGGUGUUCAAACAGGGGAAGAUUUGAGGUUCUUAGAAGAGCCAGACCUUCGUGGGGUGCUGAAACCAAUACAGAUUAGGAGAUUCCUCUCCACAGUAAAGAGAGGUGAUGGCUCUGUUCCUGAGUCAGGUUCCUCUUUUAGCACGACACCACCUUGCACAUCUCCUUUGCAAGUCCCCUCAGUGCCGGACACCCAACAACAUCAGUGUGAAAGCAAAGCUUCGAACGUGGACCCCAACUGGCCAGUAAACUUCCAAGUUUGUUGGGAAAGCAUGCCACCACAACUAAUAUCCGCAUUGAAGAAAAAGGAGCGCCCGUCUAGCAGGCUGCGUCGUGAAAUGGUCCGUCUGGUAGUUGACCAAGCCAGAGCCAUGUGUGAGCGCCCACUCAAGAAACACUACGAAAUUAUUGCAAGACGAAUUGUGGGCCAGUAUCCAGCAUCAUUUCAAGAUGCCUUUGAAGGCACGGUUGUUGGGACGGGUCACGAUUCGCUUCUUAAUCAGCUGGUCUUUAGGACCGAAAACUGUGUACGCUUUAAGAACCGUUGCUCUGGUGAGACGGCGGAUCUGACGAAGAGUGGACGAAAGAAGGCCCGCAUGUACGGUUGCUUCAAGGAUUCUACCACUGAAAACAUUGAUGAGGAGUGCUUGGAAGAAAAAAAAGAAACGCUAAAACAUUGGUAUGUGACGAACACUGGUCAAAAAGAUGACAUCAAAGCGGAGAUGAAGGCGACAUACUUGCUGCAACGGAAAAUGAUCGAUUCGAAAAUCAAGACCCCUGAACUCCUGUCGGAAUGGCCGUACCUCUUCAUGCCCGACGGCAUGUUCAUCCACUUUCACGAGCUUGUUGGCAUACACGUCGAGGAUGUGCUCCCAGUGUCAUUCAAGGAAAAGGGACUGAGCAUUUUGAAAUUUGCACAACAGUGCGAGAAAAGUGAUGCUGCCACGCAAAUCCUGGCGGAGCUGGAAGAUGCGCCAGGCACAGAACUGCAAAACCAGGCAGUCGCAGUGACCCUUCUCCUGUUACACUACUUAGAGGAAAAUGAAGGUGCCGUCUUCAUUGUUCGUGGCGAUCCUUGUACUGCCCGUGAUGUGGAGCAGUCUGACCUUCCAGCAAGCCCAAGAAUUAUUGUUAUUGGUGAUUCUGCAUGGUGCCCGUCCUCAUUCAUGUUGAGUGUAGACAAGAUUGUUGUCACAGACCUCAUCGAUGACUUUAUCACGGCAAUCAGCGUCUGGUUUGCUCUCCACUAUGUGCUGAAUCUUGUAUAUGCCCAAGAAAGUCAAGCAUUGCUGGAGUUCCUGCAGAGGACAUUUCUCGGGAUAAACCCUGACCGGGGUUCAAGAGCAGAGAAGAGGCAGCGCACGCCUGUCAAUAAAAAGGUGCUGCGACUCGUCGACAAGCUGUCGCACUUUGAGUGGCAUGUUUAACACUUGUUUUUUCCACUGUUCCAUCAGCGACUGGGCGAACAUAGGGCACAUGGCCACUCUUAUGCUGCGUUUUUUGAAGUUUUUUCCACUGUUCCAUCAGCGACUGGGCGAACAUAGGGCACAUGGCCACUCUUAUGCUGCGUUUUUUGAAGUUUUUUCCACUGUUCCAUCAGCGACUGGGCGAACAUAGGGCACAUGGCCACUCUUAUGCUGCGUUUUUUGAAGUUUUUUCCACUGUUCCAUCAGCGACUGGGCGAACAUAGGGCACAUGGCCACUCUUAUGCUGCGUUUUUUGAAGUUUUUUCCACUGUUCCAUCAGCGACUGGGCGAACAUAGGGCACAUGGCCACUCUUGUGCUGCGUUUUUUGAAGUUUUUUCCGCUGUUCCAUCAGCGACUGGGCGAACAUAGGGCACAUGGCCACUCUUAUGCUGCGUUUUUUGAAGUUUUUUCCACUGUUCCAUCAGCGACUGGGCGAACAUAGGGCACAUGGCCACUCUUAUGCUGCGUUUUUUGAAGUUUUUUCCACUGUUCCAUCAGCGACUGGGCGAACAUAGGGCACAUGGCCACUCUUAUGCUGCGUUUUUUGAAGUUUUUUCCACUGUUCCAUCAGCGACUGGGCGAACAUAGGGCACAUGGCCACUCUUAUGCUGCGUUUUUUGAAGUUUUUUCCACUGUUCCAUCAGCGACUGGGCGAACAUAGGGCACAUGGCCACUCUUAUGCUGCGUUUUUUGAAGUUUUUUCCACUGUUCCAUCAGCGACUGGGCGAACAUAGGGCACAUGGCCACUCUUAUGCUGCGUUUUUUGAAGGUACGUGCCUCUCUUGUCCUGCCCGAGGGAUCAUGACGCGUACAUGCUGCUUCUCUUCCAGUUUUUUCCACUGUUCCAUCAGCGACUGGGCGAACAUAGGGCACAUGGCCACUCUUAUGCUGCGUUUUUUGAAGUUUUUUCCGCUGUUCCAUCAGCGACUGGGCGAACAUAGGGCACAUGGCCACUCUUAUGCUGCGUUUUUUGAAGUUUUUUCCACUGUUCCAUCAGCGACUGGGCGAACAUAGGGCACAUGGCCACUCUUAUGCUGCGUUUUUUGAAGUUUUUUCCAGUGUUCCAUCAGCGACUGGGCGAACAUAGGGCACAUGGCCACUCUUAUGCUGUGCUAAUGGAAUGCAAGCGCAUCUCACAUCCAGACUUUUCCAGGGCUUCCAGAAAACAUACAUAAUCAUCAUUGCACUCAAUAAAUAUUUAAC